AUGGCCGCUCUUCGUCACAUGGCUCAAUUCCAAAAAUCUCUCCUCCUCGCCCGUUCAGCUCCACGUCUCAACACAAUGAUCAUCAGAUCAGCCACAACUCUCAACGACGGAGCCAGCAAAGUUCACGAUCAUUCAGGACACUUCAAAUUCGAGCGUUAUUUCGCCGCCGGUAUGGUUCCAAUCAUUCCAGCCGCCUAUUUCAUUCAUGGUCCAGUUACUGAUGCUCUUUUGACAAUCGCUUUGACUCUUCAUAUUCAUUGGGGUGUUCAAGGUGUUGUCUACGAUUAUGCACGUCCUUUUGUUAUUGGUGAGACUGCGGCCAAAGCUGCGCAUGCUGGAGUUUACGUCAUCACUGUGCUUUUGCUCGCCGGACUUCUUCACUUCAACACCAAUGAUGUUGGAAUCACUAAAGCCUUCGAACUUGUCUUCUCCCUCUAA